GGAACACCUAGGCCGGCAGUAGCACGUCUUUUGUUGAUUCCUUCUAGUCUCCAGGUAGUAUAAGAAUCGAACACCGCUGCUCCACCAACUAAGAUGGAUCCAUUACCUCAUGUUAUCAUCUUCCCUUUCCCUGCACAAGGCCAUGUCAACUCCAUGCUUAAAUUGGCUCAGAUUCUCUCUCUUUCUAACUUGGACAUUACCUUUCUUGUCACUGUCGAUACACAUGACCGCCUCCUCAACCACACUGAUGUGCUCUCCCGAUUUGGUAGUGGAUUCCAUUUGCAAGCACUUCCCCAUGGGAUUUCUAUGGAUGUGAUGAAUACUCGUGAUGGAAUAUUCAUUUUGUACAAUUCUCUAAAUCAAAUUGCCAAACCAUUUCUUAGAGAAUUCAUAGUGAAUAUGAAUUCUCCGGUGACAUGUCUAAUCGCAGAUGGAAUCUUAAGCAUGGCAGGUGAUGUAGCCCAAGAAAUCAACUUGCCUCUCAUCUAUUUCCGCACAAUCAGUGCCUGUGCCUUUUGGUCCUACUUUUGCAUCCCUCACCUAAUUCAAGCUCGACAACUUCCCCUCAAAGAAAAUGCAAUGGAUUUGACAUUGACCAAGGUAAAAGGCAUGGAAAAUUUUCUCAGAGGUCGAGACCUUCCAAGCUUUUGUCGGGCGAGUGACUUAACUAGCCCAGAUUUCAGGAUUGUAAUGACUGAGACGCUACAAACCCCUCGAGCGCAAGGACUCAUACUUAACACAUUUGAAGAUCUUGAAGGCCCCAUACUUUCUCAAAUUCGAACGGUAUGUCCAAAUGUUUAUACAAUUGGAGCAGUUCAUGCCCAUCUAAAGGCUAAACUUGAAACAAAAUAUACCUCUUCAAACAGUUUGUGGCAAGAAGAUGAAAGUUGCAUGACUUGGCUUGACACGCAGCCAUCAAAAUCUGUGAUAUAUGUUAGUUUUGGAAGCAUUGCAGGGUUGACGAAAGAAGAGCUACUAGAAUUUUGGUAUGGUCUAGUGAAUAGUGAGCAAAAGUUCUUGUGGGUGAUGAGGCCAGACUUGAUAAUAGGACAAGAGAGAAAAGACGAGAUUCCUGUGGAGUUGGAGCAGGGUACAAAGGCAAGGGGCUACAUGGCUGAUUGGGUUCCACAAGAAAAGGUAUUGGCACAUAGAGCAAUUGGCGGUUUCUUGACUCACUCUGGAUGGAAUUCCACAUUGGAGAGUAUAGUUGAAGGAGUGCCGAUGAUUUGUUGGCCGAGAUUUGCUGAUCAGCAAGUGAAUAGUAGAUUCGUUGGUGAGGUUUGGAAGAUGGGACUUGACAUAAAAGAUACAUGUGAUAGAGACAUUAUUGCAAAAUCAAUUAGAGAUUUGAUGGAGAAGAGAAAUGGUGAAUUCUCUCAAAGAACAGAGCACAUGGCCAGUUUGGCAAAAAAAGCUGUCAAAGAAGGUGGAUCGUCAUACAUUAAUCUGGACCGUCUUAUACAGGACAUAAGAUCUAUGAUUCCGCCGCAUAAACAUACCUGAUUCAGCUGAAACUUGAUUUUUUUUUUUUAGCUGCGAUUAUAUUGUUGCCUAGAAAUUGUAGAUUUAUUCUGCCCAUUAAUCUGAAUAACUCUAGCAACAAAUGUAGCUUCACUUUUACAACUGCAGUCAUUUACAAGUACCUCUGCAGCAAUAAAUAAACCAAACUUUUACUAUUGGGGAGUGA